AAUGUUCGAUUGCGUUUGUUUGCGACGUUAGGAGUAAAAUGAAAUAUAUUUCUGCAAGGGAAGAAUAUAUAAAAAUAUAUUAAUACAAACAAUUAUAUAUGAUAAUAAUAAAAAUUUAAUUUUACAAAGAAAGAAAGAUGUCGAAGGAUAUUAGAUCAUAUUUUAUAACUUCAAAACCAUCAACAUCAAAACCGUCAGCAUCAAGAAAAGGACCCGUAAUUUCCUCCGAUGAAGACGACGAGAAGUCUUCUAAAAUUCAAAAAAAAUCAAAGAUUACAGAGAAAAAACGUCGAAAGCAUGCUUUAUCAGAUUCUGAAGACGAGGAGAUUGUGGUCAAGAAAAUAAAAAAUGAAAAGAAGGAAAGCAUAAGUCCAAAAAACCACAAAGUCAUUACUCCUGCCGAAUUAUUUGGUAAAACGCCUAUAAAAAGAGAAGCUGCGCCCAAAGUUGUCAGAAAACCGAAAGAACCUCAAGAUAAUAAAAUAGUAGGAAAAAAAUCAAGAAAAUCCAAAAAAAAUAAGAAAGAAGUUAAACCUGAAAUUGGUUUUCACGAUGAUGAUCUCGAUUCCAGUCUCGUAGAAUUAGACGAAGAGGAAAUCGUGAAAAGUUUAGCUGCUGCCGAAGCAAAGAAACUUGCCGAAACAAAAUCCAGCAAUGGAGACCCAGAAAAACCCGAAGAAACUAAUGAUUCUAAAGUUGAAGAAAAGGAAAAAGAAACUCCCACAGUAUCCACAGUUUCUGAGAAAAUAGAAAAGCAAGAAGUGAAAAAAGAGCCGAAAAAAUCCACAGAUUCAUCGCCAGAGAAGUCAAAACUGAAAGAGGAAAAUUCCCUCGGUCCAAAAACCUCAGGUGUGAAACGAAAAUCAAAUAAUAAGCACAGCAAGUUAGAGAUCGACGUUAAUGAGAAAGGCAGCAAGAAGGCAAAACUCAACGAAUCAGCCGACAUGUUCGAAGAAAUCAUCGAAAAAAAGAAGCAGAGUGCCGCUCUCUAUCAACAAUUUUUACAGAGAGGUGGAGCCAGGAAUCCGGGUUCGAAAGAAAUUCCCGUGGGCGCUGACUUUUGUCUAGCCGGUCUCAGUUUCUUAGUAACCGGCGUCCUGGAUUCUCUAGAAAGGGACGAGGCUGAAGAAUUGAUCAAGAAAUAUGGCGGACGAAUGCUCCAUUCAAUUUCAAGAAAAACGGAUUACGUGAUUCUUGGCGAUCAGCCCGGACCCGCCAAAGUCGCCAAGGCGGAAAGCAUGAAAAUUCCGACAAUUUCUGAAGACGAUUUAUUAAAUAUGAUUCGCACAAGAUCCGCGGGAAAAAGUAGUAGUGUCAAACAAUCUCAGACGAAACAUAAAGUAACCGUGAGACCAAAAUCGCCCGAUCCGGAACCGAUUCAUCCAAUUUCUCCUAAGAAAGUUCACCGGUCUCCAGAAAAGAAUGCAGUUUUGGAAGAGGAUUUGAAGAAAUCGGCGGAGAAAUCUGAAAAGGAAAAGGACGAAGGAAGUUCGUUGAAGGAAGAGGAAUCGAAAUCUGAAGAAAGUGCUUCGAUUCCGAAUGGAUUUUCGGCCUCUCUCCCGGAAAUACGAACGGAUGCUCUGGUGGAAAAAUACAGGCCGCAAACAAUGAAACAGUUGAUUGGUCAGCAGGGGGAGAAAAGUAAUGCGAAGAAACUUUAUAAUUGGCUAAGUAAUUGGCACAAGAAUCGGGGUCGAAAUAUGAAACACUCGAAGCCAACUCCCUGGAAGAAGGAUGAUGAUGGGGCUUUUUUCAAAGCUGUUUUACUUUCGGGUCCUCCGGGAAUUGGGAAAACGACGUCGGUUUAUGUGGUGGCUAAGGAACUCGGGUUUGAUUUGCUGGAAUUCAAUGCUUCGGAUACGAGGAGCAAGAGGCUUUUGAAGGAUGAAGUUGCGGGAUUGCUGUCGAAUACAACAGUAAAGGGUUAUUUUACGAAUGAGGGUGAGAAAUCAGAAAAACCUGCUAAGAAACACGUUUUGAUGAUGGAUGAAGUGGAUGGAAUGGCCGGAAAUGAAGAUCGUGGAGGUCUGCAAGAAUUGAUUGGUUUAAUAAAAACCACAGACAUACCGAUUAUUUGCGUCUGCAAUGAUCGAAAUAAUCCUAAGAUGAGAACUUUGUCCAAUUAUACUUUCGAUCUUAAAUUCCCAAAGCCUAGAAUAGAACAAAUUAAGGGUGCAAUGAUGUCUCUGUGUUACAAAGAAAAGAUCACAAUAAAACCAGAGGACUUGAUUCGAUUGAUAGAAUCAACGAAUCAGGAUAUUCGUCAAGUUAUAAAUCAUUUGGCUUUGCUCGGGGCAAACAUCGAAUGUAAAAAGGAGACCGAGGGCAAUAGACUCGUAAAUAAGGACUUAAAAUUGGGGCCUUGGGAUGUUGCUCGGAAAGUUUUCUCUGCCGAGGAGCAUAAGAAAAUGAGCAUACACGACAAAAGCGAUUUAUUUUUCCAUGAUUACAGCAUAGCUUCGUUAUUCGUGCAGGAAAAUUAUCUCUCUGUAGUUCCUGCUGGACCAAGGAAAGAUAUUUUGGAAAGAGUCGCAAAAAGCGCUGAUAGUUUGUCGAUGGGAGAUCUGAUCGAUAACGCGAUAAGGGGAAAUGGAGCCUGGUCGCUUUUACCAACUCAGGCAAUGUUCUCUUCAGUUAUGCCAGGAUCUUUCAUGUCUGGUAAUAUGACUAGUGCAUUCAAUUUUCCCGCUUGGCUUGGAAGAAACUCGACGCGAAAUAAAAUGGACAGAUUGUUGCAGGAAAUCACAGUUCAUGCUCGUGUAACUACUGGAGCAAGCAAGGAAUCUUUAAAUUUGGAUUAUCUACCUCAUUUGAGGGACUCUAUCACAAAACCUUUAAUUUCAGGAGAUGUAGAAUCUGCUGUCAACGUCAUGACCCAAUAUCAUCUCAUGAGGGAAGACUUAGACUCAAUAGUGGAAGUCUCCUUGUGGCCCGGAAGCCGCAAUCCAAUGCAGUUUAUCGAGUCCAAGGUGAAAGCAGCUUUCACGAGAGCAUAUAAUAAACAUGCCGCAACUGCGCCCUACGCCAUGACUGCCGGUAAAAAGAAAAAAGGUGGAGCUUCGCCGGAAGAAGAAUUUGAAGAUGAGGAUGGAGAUAAUUCAGAAGAGGAUGACGAUAUCGAUAUCGAAAAAAUGGUGAAGGCGAAAAAACCUGCGGCUAGUAAAAAAGCUUCUUCCAAGGAUGAAGAGAAACCUUCCACAAGUAAAAAAGUUGUGUCUUCGAAGGACGAAGACAAACCCAAACGAGGGAAAGGACAUGCAAAAGCGAAAAAAGAAUCUGCGUAAUGGUCUAUAAAAAUUGUUUAUUAGUUGGUAAUGUUUAUUUAUUAAUUUGCAACUCUUUUUCUUUGACUUUUAAAAAGAUGUAUGUAGCUGUGGAUAUUAAAACCGCUUUAUUUUUUAUAAA